UUCUUUUUCCUUCAACUCUUAACUUAAUUACUGUUUUAACAUUUUAUAAACAAGAGAUGUUGUUCAUAAGUUCGUGGCAAAGCUAAUUCCACCCUUCUUGUCAAUAAUGGAUAAACUGAUAUGUAUCAGAUCUCAAGAAGUUAGUCCCAUGAUGAGAAAAAUGAGUUGCUCACAUUGCAUGGGUGAAUUAUAAAAAUAUUGAGUUCUACAUUGGUUUCUGCUAAAAGGGGUCGAGCUGUAUAAGCGAAUUUAAACGGAUAUUGUAAAAAACUUCGAUUUUCUAUCAACAAUUUAUUUUUUCUUUUACAAGAUUAAUAUUUUUUAGUAGCAUUGAGUUAAACAGGAAGGAAAUUUUUGCAAAACUCUGUAGUGAAUCUGAUAGAAUUUGUUGAAAAGAAAAGGAAAAUCAUUAUGCACCAAAAUAUGCUUGGCACCCAUCCAAGAUAAACUUCAUUUUGCUCCACAAAUGUGGAUCAAGUGAAUGCCCAAUUAAUGCUGUGAUUCUCAAGAGGAUUUAAUAAAAAAAUGGAAUUUAAAAUAAAAUAAUUGCAGCUGGUCCACAUUUUCUUCUUUAUUUAUUUUGCUGGUCGGUUUGAGUAAAUUUAGACCAUUAUAUAUGGCCCCAAAAGCUCAGAAUUCAAUGAUAUCAUAUCAUAGCAUACGAUAUCAGAAACCAGAAACCAGUAAACUUGAGAUGGCAAGUCUAAACAGAGUCUCACUCUUUUGCAUGGUAGUGGCCCUUCUCAUUCCAUUUCCAUCCACUAAUUAUUGCGUUGCUAAGUUGGAAGAGAAGAAGAAGCAUGCGGCAUUGUUCAUCUUUGGAGACUCCCUCUUCGACGCCGGAAACAAUGUCUUCAUCAAUGGCCCCACAGCUGACUUCUGGCCCUACGGGGAGACCUUCUUCAAACACCCCACAGGUCGAUGUUGCGACGGCCGUCUUGUCCCCGACUUCAUUGCUGAGUAUGCAAAACUGGAAUUGAUCAAACCAUAUCUGCAGCCGGGGUUUGAGGACUAUACUGAUGGGGUGAACUUUGCAUCAGCCGGCGCCGGCGUUCUUCCCGAAACUCAUCCAGGAACGAUAAACCUGAAAUUGCAACUGAGCUAUUUUGAGGAGGUAGAGAAGAAGUUAAAGCGACAGCUGGGUAACGCAGAAGCGAAGAAGUUGGUAGCCAGAGCUGUUUAUUUGUUCAGCAUUGGUGGCAACGAUUACAUGGCUGUCACACUCAACCAGACUACUCCACUUACUUCUUUUUACAAGAAAAAAUACAUGACCAUGGUGCUUGCCAAUUUUACCACCGUCAUCAAAAAAGUGUAUAAGAUGGGAGGAAGGAAAUUUGGGUUCCAAAACUUGGGACCUAUUGGAUGCAUGCCAGCCACCAAAGCCUCACUGGGAAUUACCACUGAUUGUGCCCAUGAGCCAUUAGUAAUAGCAAAGAUGCACAACAUAGCACUACCCAAACUCCUUCAGAAGAUACAAAGGCAGCUACCAGGAUUCAAAUAUGCACUAUAUGACUACUACACCACCCUAGCUGAAAGAACACUUUACAGCACAAAAUUUGGUUUCAAGGUGGGGAAAAGUGCAUGUUGUGGGAGUGGGGCAUACAAUGGGGAGUUGACAUGUGGAGGGAAAAAUGGGACAGUGAAGUACAAGUUAUGCAGCAAUCCUAGUGAAUAUGUAUGGUUUGAUGCUGCUCAUCCAACUCAAAGUGCCAACCGACAAUUAUCAAAGUUGUUUUGGAGUGGAUUUCCAAACAUCACAGGGCCUUACAAUCUAAAGAAGUUAUUUCAUAUGGUGUAGUGCAGGAACAAGGCGCAAUGUGUCAUUAUUGUCAUUUUGGUACACUAACAAGAUGAUAUGUCUGUUUGGAUUUGCAGUUUUAUGAUAUGCGGUCAAUAAAAAUGACAUG